AUGAAGUUCUCUCAGGACAGAUACACGCCUUCCUUUGUGAAAUCUUACGGUUGGUUUCAAAGUGUGGAUGCUAUAUACAUCGCCAUGGAAUACGUGGAGUACGGCGACCUUGAGAAACACCUGGAGAAACCUAUUCCGGAAGAUGAGGCUAGGCUCAUUACUAGGCAAUUAGCAGAAGGCCUUCAUCAUCUGCAUCAAAAUGGCUUUACACACAGGGAUUUGAAGCCCAGAAAUAUUCUUGUCGUAUCCAAAGGUCCUGACUGGCUUGUGCAAAUCUCCGACUUCGGAAUCAGCAGGCGACUACCCCCUGAAGCUACUUUGGGUACCAUGCGCAAAGGAACUAUUGGCUUCAUCGCCCCUGAAGUGCUUGAAUUCGUUCAUGAUCGAAGUCAUCCGUAUGCUGCGGACGUAUGGUCUCUGGGGACUAUAAUCUUCAAAAUGUUGACACUGAAGCUCUUCACGACCGAUUUUAGACUGCUGAACAAAUAUGUCGAAGGAGAGAUCGAAUUGCCGACGCAGGACCUCACGGAUCACGGUGCUACACCUUCGCUGAUUGACCUAAUCCGACAACUCCUCGCUGUUGCUCCCGGUGAGAGACCAACAACAAGGGACAUUUUGGACCACCGGUGGGUUCAAAUGCUCUCGAACAUCACUGUGUCAGAACAGCAUCACGACAAGCCGGAUGAUCCACAGAGCACCCGCCCGACAACCAACAACAACGAGCACCUCGGUUUCGAAGGUGACACUGACAAUGAUCCUUCGGCCGAGUGGAGCACGGGGUUUUUCAACGAGAAGAUAAGCCGACAAUCACAUUUGAAUAUCGGAACAGCGGUAGGGUCGUCUGGACCUUCUGCUCCGAGAAGUGCUGGCGUGCCAAGAGCCAGCCAAAGCCAAGCAUCGAUGCCUGAUACAGCUGAAACCAGCAUACCAUCCGUUAGAGAGACCGCCGAGGUUGAUACUCAUUUAGUUCCAGAGGCUCCGCUUCCCACUGCCCGUUUCUUUGUGGACCAGGAGGGCACUAGCCAUCCAUCUCUCAAGCCUUGUAGCAGCAGUGAAUCCUCUGCUUCAUAUCAUCCCGGAAGCGAAGGCGACGCGGACAGCGAAACAAGUUGGUUUCGUACUCAGUACUAUCAACCGGCACCGUCCCUUCCCGACCCUUCGUCGACCAGCAGCAGAGAAUUUGAUUCAGAGGACCAAUCAGGCAAAUCUGAUGAUUAUGUACGGUCUUGGUUAGAAGAACAGUUGCCUGGAUACGACCGAGUCAGAACCCGUCUACGACGAGCAACUUCAUCAACACCAUCGGAAGGAUACGGUUCAACAGUGGCAGACGCGGGUACCGAACAAGAAAGUAUCGGGGAGAAGGCCUCAGCUGCCCACGGAAGACAAUGUGACGAUCUGUUCCCCGAAGUGAACAAUUUCAGAAUGCCUUGGGAACGUGACCACAAGCAGCCCAAAAAAGUGUGGUUUACGAAAUCGAUGGCUCCCAACGGAGGGGAGCCGAAAGUUCGUCGUCGCCUCGAAACUCGCAGAAGUAGCCCGGAAUGGCAUCGCGGCGACGGUCCAGAACCAGUACCAGAGUUGGGAGCAGCAGAAGGACAGCAUAAGCGGACUACAAUCACGACUGCUAACCAGCACAGAGUCGUCCGGAAAAUCGCCCAGCGAAGUGAUGCGAAUAAAUUGCGGAUUUCGUAUGAGUUUAAUAUUGAUAAUUGGGACCCAGCAAAACGUCCUAUUCUGUUUCUCAACUUCGUUUUCGAUCUGGUUUCGAUAGGGAUUUGGUUAGUUGGGAGGAUCGACCACUACCUGGACCAAGGCUCCCCCAUCGGCGACAACGCGGACGCGACCAGAAACCUCGCACGUCUGCUGGAAAAUCUUGACUAUAAGGUUAAUGAUGCCAAUUACUACUUUACUCGACUCCGUGAACAUGAUAAAGAGUUGGUGGCAAACUUCGUCGACAGCGGCGAACGCCUAUUCGAUGACUUCAAGAAGCUCCUUCAAAGGGGACCAGAGCAGGGAGUUUUGGAGGAGAAACUCGAGGACAAGAGUGGUGAGAAGGGCUCUCUGGGGUCCAGAAAAUUGUUCGACUACGGUAGGGUUCGUGCAUCAGCUGCAAUUAUGGGAUGUGCGGUAUGA